GUGAAAAUUUACGAACUGGCAUCAUUGGCACCAUUCCAAACUCACUAUCAGGCUUGCAGUUACAAAAAGUUCAACCUUUACCAGAGGGCGGUAUUUCAGGUACUCCAGGUUUGUGCUGCACGGGCCAAGGUGGAAUUUCCUUCCAAGUUUUCAGAACGACCCUUAAGCAAAGAGCAAAGUGCCACCGAACAGCAAGCACUUAAUUCAGCACUAAUCAACUGGGCUAUGGAAGGAUUUCAGCCUAGUGGAGUAGAAGGAUUUGCUCCUUCUGAAGAAGAGCGACAGUCACCAACAGUAAUACAACCAGCUCCAAUCCCAACAGCCAGUGGAACCCCGAAGAACAAGUCAAAGGACAUUGGAAGAG